AUGGCUAAGAAGACUGAGCAGAAGAAGACUCCUGUCAAGAAGCAGGCUGAUGCCUCGAAAAAUACCCACAUCCCCACGCAACUUCUUGCGUCUAUCGCCUCUUUCCUGUCAAGCAAUGGCUUUUCCGCUACCAACACCGCCUUCGAGAAGGAGCUGAAGAAGACCUCAAGCAAGGCUGACGCGAAGAACGCCCCGUCUUUGUUGGAGAUCUUCCAGGCUUGGGAGAAGAAGGACACUUCCAACUCUAGCCCCGAAAGCGACAGCGAUAGCAGUUCCGACUCCAGCUCUGACUCCAGCUCUGACUCUGACAGCGAUUCCAGCGACUCUGACGUUGACAUGGAGGAUGCGCCCAAGGUUGUGAAGGACCAAAAGGCUCGCUCCCCGUCUCCAUCUUCUUCCUCGUCCUCUAGCUCUGAGAGUGACGCCGAUGAUGAGGAGGAGGAGGAGGCCGCUCCCACUCCCGCCCCUGUUGUCAAGAAGACCACAGGUGUCAAGCGAAAGGCCGAAUCCAGCGACGACUCAUCCUCUGACUCCAGCUCUGAUUCGGAUUCUGAGAGCGAUGCCCCCAAGGCCAAGAAGGCUAAGACCGCUACGAAGGAAGAAUCUUCUUCCGAAUCCGACUCUGACUCGAGUGAGUCCUCCGACUCCGACUCCGACUCUGAGUCUGAGUCUGAGAAGAAGCCUGCCAAGAAGCAAGAUGCUAAGGCUCUGAAGCAAGCGAAGAAGACCCCCCUCCCUGAGUCUUCUGACUCGAGCUCAUCCAGCUCCUCAUCCGACGAUAGCUCUGAUGACGAGAAGACUGGCGGUGUCUCCGUCUCUACCUCCUCUGCUUCUAGUGCUACCGUCUCUGCCUCUCCUGAUUCUUCUGCCGCUGAGAACAAGACCCUUGACAAUGUACGCAACUCUUCUUCGAGUGCCAGUCCGGUCCCCGGAAAUGGUUCGGCAAAGAAGCACACAGGAGCUCGUCCCACCCCACUUGCUGCUCUGAGCGCCCUUCCUUUCGACGGUCCUAAGAACGAAUACAUGUCUUAUGCCUACGCUGAUCGCGCCUUCGCGGAUUUGUCUGUCACUCGUGGAAAGGGCUUCACCAAGGAGAAGAACAAGAAGAAGCGCGGUUCCUACCGUGGUGGCCCCAUCGACAUUGGUGGCGGCAAGUCCUACAAGUUUGACGAUUAG